GAUGGCCCGCAUUCAUACCCUUUAAAUCCGCCCCGAUCCGACCUCACUCCAACCUCUCCGCCUCCUUCCUUUCGUUCCCGCUCAUCGUCGCCGUCAUCACGGCGGCUGCUGCAUGGCGAUCCACUCCAUAACGAUGAAGACCAGACUCUUGCCGACGCCUUCGGUGAUGAGGAUGGAUCGGAUGAAGAUGACGAACCUGAUGAUAGACAACGACUAAUGCGCGCCAACCCGGAUUUCGGAUCGUCCGCAGAUAGUCACACGACGGCGGCAGGGUCGCAAGACACGGAUCGGACUUCCACACCUGCACGACGACCGACCAUUCUACCCAGCUUUACCACACCUGGGUCUGGGGGGAGCCGAUCUGUCGCUCCAUCAAACGACGGAGUCUUCGCCAAUCUAGCCGCCAAGCCUGAACGCGGCGAGAAGAAUGAGGACCUCCCUCCUUCUUACGAAGAAGCCGCCGCCGAUGCGACACCGCCAUACUGGGAGACCACGAUUGUGGCGCCUGGUAUCUCGUCAGAUGAAGUCUACGUCGAUGGGCUGCCGGUCGGAUCCAUUUUCUCUUUCGUGUGGAAUGCAAUGAUCUCGAUGUCCUUCCAGCUGGUCGGCUUCCUGCUGACCUACCUGCUGCACACCACCCACGCCGCCAAGAAUGGCAGCCGAGCAGGUCUCGGCCUUACUCUUGUUCAAUACGGGUUCUAUAUGAAGGGAGGUAGUGAUUCUUCGGGGGGCGAGGGAGGCAGUGACCAAUAUGUGCCACCGCCAGAUCCCAAUAGUCACAAUUUCGAUCCCAAUAAUGUCGCCGACACCACCGGGGGUGGUGAUGGUGGCGCCAUGUCGGGCAUCACCACCAGCGAGUGGAUUUCGUAUAUCCUUAUGAUUGUUGGAUGGUUCAUCUUGAUCCGCGCCGUUAGCGACUUCCUCCGUGCCCGGCGCCAUGAGCAGUUGGUCUUACAAAGCCCCGAUCGCGGACUGGGUGUCCCCAUCAUUGCGGAAGGAGAACGGUCCGAGACUGUUGUCUAA